AUGUCCAGUGAAACGAGCCUGGUCUUUGUUCCCGGCGCAUGGCAUAAGCCGUCAUGCUACGCCAAAGUAAUGGAACAGCUACAAAACCAACAUCACUUGAGGUGCAUUCCCGUCACUCUUCCAACAACAAUGGAUGACCCAAUGGCAUCGUUCAAAGACGACGUUGAGGCCGUCCGUUGUGCUAUAAGGCAGGAAACAGAGAAUGGCCGAGACGUGAUUGUCAUUACGCAUUCUUAUGGAGGAACGGUUGGGAACAGUGCUGUUAAAGGUUUCUCCUGGCCUGUCGGGUCAUCUCCAUCAGGCCAAAGUUUAGCACCAACACCGAAAUCCAGCAAACGAACGCCAGAGACAGGACACGUCGUCGGUAUCAUCCCCAUCGCAACCGGAUUUUGCUUCACGGGGCUCACCUUCAUGGACCACUUUCUCAACAUAACUCCCCCAUUCUUCCGCGUCAACAAAAAGACCGGCUAUGCAGAUCUCACAGUCCGUCCUCAGAAAUUCUUCUACCACGAUCUACCGCCCGCCGAGGCAGAUCACGCGACUUCUAUGCUCACCACGCAAAGCCUCAAAGCAUUAUUUGAAGGUAGAGAGUGUUCGUACUCCGGGUGGCUAGAUGUGCCUGUAUGGUUCAUUGGAACUAUUGAAGAUCAGGGGCUUCCUGUUCUUAUCCAGCGAGCUCAGAUCGGGAUGGUGAGGAUGUUGGGUGGUCGCGUGGUUUAUACCGAGCUGAAGACAAGCCAUUCGCCGUUUUUGAGUCAGCCUAAGCAAGUUGUACAGAUCAUACUUCAGGCUUUUGAAUCAUUCACUGGCGCAAGGGCCGAUGGAACGCCAGAGACACUUGAAUUGGCAAACAAGCCAUUUAUUCCUCGAGUGAGCCCUUGGCAACCUAUAACAUGGUUCCGAUACGGAUUGCCGCUGGCUGUUGGCAGUCUUGUGGGAUGCAUUAUACUAUUGUAUAGAAGGGUCAAGGGCUUGUUUCAGUCCGGGCAGACAAAGGCGGACUAG